AUGGCUAGUGAUGAUGUAGAUAACUUUUUUACACGUUUAAGUCGCAAGCGUGAUAGUGAUGAAGAAGAAAAUAGGGACAAAAUGUCAAUUAUUCUUGGUACCAUUACAUCUGUCAUUGCUAUAGUUGUAGCAUGGUAUAAUGAAACUUAUCUUGUCAAAGAGCCUUCACGUGAUUGGGAUCAAGAAAGACGAUGUUACUUGAAUCGUCUGUAUAAUGGGAGGGAGGUUGACUGUAUUGAACAAUUACGAGUUAGCAAGAAUGCAUUUAAGAGUUUAUGCACUAUUUUGCAUGGAAAGGAUGGAUUAACUCUAACAAGAAAUGUUUCAAUUGAAGAGUCUGUGGCUAUUUUCUUAAAUAUACUGGCACACAACUUGAAGUUUAAGGCCAUAGGAGCACUAGAUGGAAUUCACAUUCCAGUAACAGUGUCUGCUGAGGAGAGACCAAGAUAUCGAAAUAGAAAGAGAGAUAUUUCCACCAAUGUUUUAGGAGUUUGUGAUCCUGAUCUAAAAUUCAUCUAUGUAAUAUAUGGAUGGAAGGGUUAUGCUUCUUAUGCCCAUGUUUUGCGAGAUGUUUUAGCCAUGGAUAAUCCAUUUCAAGUCCUAAGUGAUAAGUAUUAUCUUGUGGAUGCGAGAUAUGCUAAUGGACAAGGUUUUUUGACUAGAUAUCACUUAAAUGAAUGGAGGUCAUUUGGUUUUUAA